ACGAGAAAAAUAAAAAAUGGAGGAAAAUGGCAUGCGAGGUGUUGUUGAAUUCUUGUGAACACUUGUGAAAUGUUUGGUUAUUACAGCAACCUAGGAUGGGAGGCUGCAUAGGUAGUACGAGGGCAAGAACAGCCUCUGUUGAUGAUACAUCAGCAACAUCAACAAGACCACAAUCAGGAAAUUCAAGAAAAAAUCAUCCACUUUGUCAUGAAAUAUUUAGAUGGAAAUCAGAUGUACCAUUGACAGAAGGACAAUUACGGAGUAAACGUGAUGAAUUUUGGGAUACAGCACCAGCAUUUGAAGGUAGAAAAGAAAUAUGGGAUGCAUUACGAGCUGGUGUAACAGCAGCUGAAGCACAAGAUUAUCAAUUAGCACAAGCAAUACUUGAUGGUGCAAAUGUAUCAGUACCAAAUGGUUUUUUAACUGAAUGUUAUGAUGAACUUGGUACAAGAUAUCAAGUACCAAUUUAUUGUUUAUCUUAUCCAAUUAAUAUUGUAAAAGAAGACAAUGGUAGAGAUUCACCAGCUGAUUGUUCAGAACCAGUUGAUGCUGGUACUGAAUUGACACUUAAAUUAAGACUAUCAACAUCUACUGGAGAUGUUAAAUUGCCAGUAUAUAGUAAAGACACAAUUGGAAUUGCUAAAAAAAAGCUACAGAGUCAAGAAGGCCUUGAACCAUCAAAACAAAGAUGGUUCUUUGGUGGUAAAUUACUUGGUGAUAAAAUGCAUAUUGAAGAAGCUAAAAUUCAUCCUGGCUAUGUUAUUCAAGUCAUAGUUAAUUUAGAAAAAUUCGAUGACAGUCCAAUUAAAAAUAGCUGAAGAGAUUAUUUUCAUUUCUUUAUUUUCUUUUUUUUUUUAUAUUAUCAUUUUUAAAUAUAUUUUAUCGUUUGAUUAUCAACGUCAAUAUGUCAAACACAAAUUGGGGACUCUUGUCAAUAAUAAGAAUGACUGAAAUAUAUAUUUUACAAUACAAAUAAUAAUACACUAACGAGGUAAGCAAAAAAAAGUAUUUAUAUUAUUUUUAAAAAAAUACAAAAAUCGACCUAAAAGCAAACUAAAAAAAAUAAUAAUGAUCCUGAAUGCAAAAGCUAAAUAAUUUUUUUUUUUUUUUUUUUUUAAUUAAAAACACUCAAAUAAUUAUUAUUUAAAUAAAUAAAAAAAAAAGAGAUUAUUAAUUGGCUUCUACUUAAAUGCGUUUUAAUUAAUUUAAUUUUUUUUCGAUUAAUAAUAUAUUUGGAAAUAAAUAUAUAAUUUGUUUGAGUGUUACGUCUGUGUAUAUAAUUUAAUUAAUAAAAUAUUAAUACACAUUUGCACACAAUGUGUCCUCGUUAGAUAAAUAAAUAAAAAAAAAAAUAUCAAAUAAAUAAAAAUGAAUCGAUGCUAAGCGUCUCCAACUAGUCACGCGUAUUUUAUUUUAUUACAACGUCAAUUGUCAAUCGUGUAAAUAUACAUGACGAAUUAUUUAUGAAAAAAAUUCAGUCGAAUGACAACUGACAAGUCGAGGUGAAAUGAUAAAAUAAGCGUGAAUGUGUGUAUGACUAAAUGAAAAAGAAAAAAAAAAUAAAUAAAAAUCGAAACAUUCUCGUGUGUAAAUAAUUUAUAAACUCGCAUUAAUCGCAACAAGUCUUAUUCACAUUAAUUAUUAAAUUAUCAUAAUAAUUAUUAUUAUUAUUUUUAUUUAAUUUUUAUAUAUUAUAAAAAAAAUGCUUACGUCAACUUUUUAUUUUUAUAAUCAAUUUAUUUGAUGAUACAUGAUGAUUUAUUAUUCAUUUUUUGUUUUCGUUGUCAUUGUUAUUUUUUCUUAACAUAAAUUUAAUUUUUAACAACAUAUAUCAAAUAACUAUAGGGGGAAGAUAUAAGCGUGUGUUGCAUUUAUUUGUAAUUUUUACGCUUUUUUUUUUUUUUUUAAUUAUUAUUAUAUUUUAUUUUUUUUUUCUUUAAAAAUAUAAUAAAAUUCAUACACGAAAUUUAAUGGAAAAUGUUAGCUUAAUUUUGUCACGAUUUUGUGAUUUAUUUUCUGAAUGAGAUAAAUAUAAUAUUGUGUCCUGUAUAUAUGAAAAAGAAUUUAAAAAAAAAUGAUAAAUAGAGAAAAAUACAAUAAUUAUUAAAGACGACAGUAAGUGCAAUUUAUAAACGUGGAAAAAAAUAAAUAUUUAAAAAAAAAAUAACAAGAUUGUGUGUUUGAGAAAGAAAAUAAUUUUUUAAAAAUAUAUAUUCACUGACCAAUGUUUUUUACACGUUUGUAAAGAGUGUAAUAUGUAAGAAAAAAAAAAAAAGAUAAUAAUAUUGUACACUUGGUGUGACUGAUUGGACAUGACUGCCAAUAAAAUUAGCUAAAAAAAAAUGAAAUUGAUAAUAAAAUAUUUGUAAAAAAAAAAA